AAGCCAGCGGGACACAAUACAUGGAGAGAUGACCAACCAAUCACUGUUGAUGAGGGGAGUGGAACCUCAACCCAGCACGUUAUCGUGAUAGAGCCUGCAGAUGCAGAAGCUGCAGGUCCUGGGGUCAAGCAGGAGAGGUCUGAAGGAGAGGAGGACCCACGGCACAGCAGAGACAUCCAGGCUGGAGAGCCCCCUGUAGCCAUGGAGGACCCCACCACCACCCCAGCACAGCCCAAGACCCGAGGCAGAAUCACGGAGGUCAGUGGAACGCAGAACGCCGCACUCAAGUCAGAGACCGACACAGAGACUUUAACUGUAACACACAGAUUCUUACACACAGGAUCUGACCACAGAUCAGACGCAGAGACACUGGGGCUGGGGAGACUGGGCUGUCCUCCUGCUCCUGUCUCAGAGUAUUUACUUUAUGGUAACCAGAGCUCAAGGACGGUUCAUUCCCAUCCGAACUCAGGUCACCUGUUAGAGACUGGCAAUGAUCCGUCUUGUUCUUACACUACAGAGAUGGACAAUGGCAACAUGCUCAUGGGUUUAGAGACACAGACUGAUCUGUCUAGAGGGGACUGGAACCGGUACAGUAGUAGUGUAUACUCUGAAGGGUGCCUAGAUAAGAAAGGGGAGGGUCUGGUUGUAGAUGAGGUGAAAGUGGAGGGUGACGCUCCUCCCACAUGGAAUGCAGAUAGUCACCUAGGAGACAGACACUCACAGGGCAGAGAUUUCUUAGAUUACAGGGAAAGCUUGGAGACAAAGCCAAAUGUCGCGACCCACUCCCCUUUACACGCACUCAGGGAUCACGACCCAGUGCCCACGUCAAUCGGGCCUUCCGAUUCUCACGGCCACGUCCUUUUCGAUCAGGUAUUGAACUCAAACAACAGGGCUAGAGCCCAGGCUCAGGGAGAGGGAGCCACAUCAGGCGGUAGUAAAGAGAAACGGUUCCUCUGCAUGUUCUGUAACAAAGGCUUCAGCUGCCCCCAGAAGGUGGAGAUCCACCAGAGGGUCCACACAGGGGAGAAACCCUACAGCUGUACCCAUUGUCACAUGCGCUUCACUGAGGCUGGCACCCUAAAGAGGCACCAGAGGGUCCACACAGGGGAGAAACCCUACAACUGCCCCCAGUGUGAGAAGAGGUUCUCCCGCCUGGACCAUCUUAAGAUGCACCUGAAGGUCCACACGGGAGAGAGGCCGUUUGCCUGUAUACACUGCGGGAAGAGGUUCUCAGAGAGGAGCUACCUCAGGAUACACCAGCAGAAAAACCAUUCCACUCGAUAGCUUCUCACUUUUAGAUCAAAGCCUGCAUUAAAGACAAAGAUACAUUUUUAUUGUUGUCAGCAGAAAGCAUCCCCAGAUGCAUUUGGAAUAACAAGAGUAACAGAUUUCAGCGUUGAAUAUUCCUGGGUAGAAUAUUGCAUCCAUUUAUUGUGUGGUAUAUAAAGCAAAUAUAAGCCUAAAAAGUCUGUUACAUAUUGUGUUUGUACUGUAGGCUAUAUGAUGUUCAAAUGCCUAUUUCAUUACAAGAACUCCCUAAUUUUUUCCCCAAAACGCUUUUAAUGAGAAUAUGAAUGCAUCUGAUCAUGCAGAUUUGUAGUUGAGACGUGUAUGUGUGGUUUUCAUAUGGUGUAUUUAAAACUUGUUUGUUUAAUAAAU